GACAUGCCACUAAGAUUUUCACCGCCUAGACCCCCCGUCCUCCCUGAUUAAGCCUGAUUAAGGCCUCUGGAUGGCUAUAAGGAGGAAUACGGACUAGGCUACGUCGAUGGCGUUAAGUAGGGGCAUAAAUAAUAUUUAAAUGUAUCUAGGUAUGUAAUAGAAUUUACAUAUGCCAGACGUAUCAAGAAUGGUGGGUUGUAGUAAUAAUUACGUUUUUCAGACAUCUACUCCGUGGGACGCCAGUGAGAUCUGUGUACCUCGAUUAGUACUGCGAAUGCACCUAGGAGCAGCUGAUGCUCUAGAGGAUCAGUGAAGAUCAAACCCACAGUAAUCUGCCUCCACUGACGUUAUCAUGGUCGGAAAGACGAAUAUGACGGCCGACGAUACCCACGUCUCAAGGAGCGGAAAUUGAUGAGGCAGUCACGAUACUUCCGUGUUCCGCGAUCCGAGUUCCGAUGAUAACAUUUGGUCCCUAGCCAAGUUUCCUUAAAUACGUGAUCUUUUCGUAAACAUUUCUAUGAAGCAAUUGAGUUUUCGUUGUUCUAGCUAUUAGUAUUGCUGUUUAGCGUGUUUCUUGUUUUGCAAUGCCUAGUCGUACUCAGCCUCCACUAGAAAGUAACGAGGAUACGAGUCAAUAUAACUUACUCCGGGACUAUUCCGUAUCGAAGAAUGGGUUCCUUCCUGAGCAAGAACCUUUGAGGCGCCUACCGAGUUCUUAUUAUAAUCCGUGGGAGACCGUGUUAGACGAUUUACCAUCUUUAAUAAGGGGAAAGACCAUCCGAAAGGCCAUAGACGGAAUACAACUGCUUUCGACGGGUAAACUCCACACAGAAGAAGAAUGGCGCCGAGCCUACGUGGUCCUAUCCUUCCUAGCCCAUGCAUAUAUCUGGGGAGGUGACAAUGCAUCAGAGGUACUCCCUCCAGCGAUAUCAAUCCCCUUUCUCCAAGUCUCUGAGCAUCUUAAAAUUCCGCCGGUUGCUACAUACGCUGCACUCAACCUCUGGAACUUCUCUUGCAGCGGGAGCGACUUCGAAGACCUCGAUAAACUAAAAGCCCUGCACACGUUUAGCGGCACGGAUGAUGAGUCCUGGUUUUUCAUGGUGUCGGUAGCGAUGGAGGCUCAGGGAGCCUACAUAAUCCCGGUUAUGUUCCAGGCACUUGAAGCUGUCCAACAUCGGAACUAUCCGAUGAUAGUAAGGGCUCUAGACGAGUUUGUCGUGUGCAUUGGAAAACUUGCUAAACUUCUCGACCGAAUGGAUGAGAAAUGCGAUCCAAUGAUAUUUUACUACCACAUCCGCCCAUUUCUUGCUGGAAGCAAAAAUAUGGGUGCGGCAGGCCUUCCGACCGGGGUCCUCUAUCAAGACGGAGAUGGGGCGCUCAGCUGGAAGCAGUUGAGGGGUGGCAGCAAUGGCCAAAGUUCUUUGAUCCAAUUUUUCGAUAUCGUUCUCGGAGUAGAACAUACCUCAUCUGGCGGAAAUGCGACGUCUCCAAAAAAGGCAACUGGUUUCCACGAAGAGAUUCGAUCAUAUAUGCCAAUUGCGCAUAAGGAGUUCCUCGAAUAUCUGUCACGUAUGGGUAGCCUUAAGGAUUUUGUAAAUGAGCCUGGUGAAUCAGAGGGACAAAGACAGCUUCGGCAAUCUUUCCGAAACGCCACCAAUGCCCUCGGAGACUUCCGAAACAGACACAUGCAGAUUGUGACAAGAUACAUUAUUAUACCAUCGAGAAAUCGGAGUCAAAUCCCGAUGGUCAAUCUCGCUAGUGCAUCGUCGCAACCUAACCAAGGACAGCAAAAAGAACUGACUGGGACGGGAGGGACGGCUCUCAUACCAUUUCUAAAGCAGACGCGCGACGAGACAUAUUUAGCGGGAAUACAGACACAACAGAGUGUAGUGCAAUAAUAUAAUAAUAAUUCACAUUAAUUGCCCCUUUAAGAAUCAAUUCAAAUGGUGUUGUCAAUUGGUACUUCGGAACGUAGCGAUAUAAUCGGAGCUGAACACCUAUGUAGGUAUUGUAAGAUGCAUCGAAGCUUAUAUCAGACGAAUCUUCGGAAAAAAUCCGAUGGAAGGUAGAAACCAGAUCGGAUGCAUCCGAUGUAGAAGUUGAGAAGGUGCAUCGUGUGCAAGUGAGACGGAAGUUCGGAUGUUAACCGAUGGAAGGAACUAGCUAGCAUUUUGGUAGCGCACGCCCACGCUUAGAUCCGU